AACUGUCGCUCCCUUCAUAUAAAAAGCAACGCCCGCUCAACGGUUUCUUCAUCAAAUCAAAAUUCAGACACAUCAACCAAACAUCAGUUUUAUUUACUUCCAAUUUUCCAUCAAGAUUAUUGUGUUAAAAAUAUAUACAGACAGUAUGACUAGUUCAUUAGUUGCAGCAAGGAGAGGUUGGGUAGUGGCAGCAAGUGUUGGAGUUGAGGAGGCCUUGAAAGACCAAGGGAUCUGCAGGUGGAAUUACACCAUGAGAUUACUGCAGCAGCAUGCCAAGAACCAACUUGGGUCGUUUUCUCAGGCCAACAAGUUCUCUUCCUCAUCUUCUGCUUUGGUCUCAAGUUUUAGACAAGAUGAGAAGGUAAAGCAGUCUGAGGAAUCUCUGAGGAAAGUCAUGUAUCUCAGCUGCUGGGGUCCCAAUUGAUCAUUCAUUCAGCCACUCUUUCAAUUUUUAGUUAAGCACAAGAAUUCGCAGGCCGUUUGAUCGAACAAGUUGUAGACUGUAGCCUGAAGGAAUUGUAACUUUUCACAACAAAAUGUUAAAUCUAGAUCUUUGAGAUCUCUGUAAUUAAUGUAUUUACAAAUUAAUAUAUGAGAACUAAUUUAUCAUGCGAUCAA